AACCCCUCGACUCAACCCAACACAACACAAUCCCUUCCUUUACUCGUUCCACUUUCUCGACUCUUGUUCUCUUCCUCUCUCGCCAAAAACUCAAAUCAAACCCUCUCUUUCUCAUCAACCUCAAAAACCCUAAAAAAAACACACCAUACUUGAAUUUCACAUAAACCCCUCAAACAAAACCCAAUCUCAAUCAACCUCUACAAACAUACAUAUACAUAAAUUUUGACCCUUUUUGGGGUUCUUUUGUUCCUGCAAUGUCGGUGUCCGGAGGGGGUCGGAAUCGCGGCGGCGAUGACCGCUUCUACAGUCCGCCGGCGAUGCGUAGGCACUACCAGCAACAGCAACAGCAACAGCAACAGCAACAACAAUCGCAGUUGAACAAUCGGUCGAAAUCCAAGUCCAAGCCGUCUUCGGUGGAGUCCGAGAAGAGGAUUGAGUCGGAAGAUUGUUCAUCGUCGUCGGCGACGGUGGCUCCUUCGCUGUCUUCCUCGUUUUCGCCGCCGAGAACCGCCAAUUUGACUAAUUUGGAUCGGUUUCUCGAGCACACUACUCCGAUUGUUCCAGCUCAGUAUUUCUCUAAGACAAGCAUGAGGGGAUGGAGACUGAGUGAAGACGAAUUCCAUCCAUACUUUGUCCUUGGGGAUCUCUGGGAAUCUUUUAAGGAGUGGAGUGCAUAUGGGGCAGGAGUUCCUCUUGUCUUGAAUGGAAGCGACUCUGUUGUGCAAUACUAUGUGCCAUACCUGUCUGGCAUUCAGUUGUAUAUAGACUCAUCAAAGCCCAGCAUGAGGCUAAGCCGGCCUGGUGAGGAGAGUGAUGCAGAUUCAUCCAGGGAAUCAAGUAGUGAUGGCAGCAGUGAAUGUGGUGCUGAAAGAGGAGCCAAUGAUGUUCAAGGUUCAUGGAGCCAGCAGAACACUAUGCGUGCAACUACCCAAAGUUUUAACAGACUUUCAUUGGGAAAUAAUCCUGUCAUGGGAUCAACAGUUGAUGAAGGCGAGAUUAGAAACCCUCCAGGUUUACUUGUGUUUGAAUACUUGGAGCACAAUCCACCAUUCAAUCGUGAACCAUUGGCGGAUAAGAUUGCAUUCCUUGCAUCUCAAUUUCAAGAACUCAGAACCUACAGAAGCUGUGAUCUAACAUCUGCAAGUUGGCUUUCUGUGUCAUGGUAUCCCAUAUAUAGGAUACCCAUAGGACCAACUCUACAGAAUCUGGAUGCCUGCUUUUUAACAUUCCAUUCGUUGUCAACACCCAUCCGAAGUACCAGCAGUGAUAGUCCGGAUAUUCAUGUUUCGACUGCUAGGGAGCUGCAUGGUGCUGGCAUGUCCUUCAAGCUGUUACUGCCCAUCUUUGGUCUUGCUUCUUACAAGUUCAAUGUUUCGGAUUGGAAUCCAAAUGGAGUUCAGGAAUGUCAGAAGACGAACUCUCUAUUGCAGGCUGCUAACAACUGGCUCCAUCUUUUGCAAGUGAAUCACCCUGAUUACAGGUUCUUUGUGUCCCACAACUCAAACUGGCGAUGAGAGGAAGAAUCUUUUUAGUGAAAAACUUUUCUUGGAAAAUGCAAGCUGAACAAUUCGCCCAUGUGCUAAAUACUCUAGCAUAAACUAUAUUUGAGUUGCAUUUUAAGGUUUUGCUUUUAAAAUGUUGAUGGCCAAAGAAAAUAUGUUGGUGAACCAGACCGAUGCAGUUAUAUAAUGACACGAGAAGUUGCAUGAUAUUUGUAUAUUUUAGUAUGUUAGCUAAUGUGCUAAAUAUAUUUUAGAAUAAUUUUAACAACAGCAUUUUGGUGUAGUAGAAGUUUCUUCUCCUAGUGGUUAUGAUAUAAUUUGAUUUGCAGUC